GGAUUGUGGCUGUUUAAUGACAAUGCAGAUAGUAUAGUAUAGCUGUGGUGCUGAUGAGAUAACACUGAGCAAUUAAGAGUCAAGGAAUUUUAGGAAAUUAGGUAAGACUUGGAUGAAAAGCUGAAGGAAAAUGAGUGGAUUGUGGAAAUUUGAUCUAUAGGUCUUGAAGUGGAGGUCCUGAGAGGUAUUUAUAUUAGUAUCCUUCUGAAAAAUUUCUUGCGCAUAUAUAAAUAAGCUAAUGUUUGAGAGUUCAAAAUUCUGAGCAAAUAACCCAGAGUUGGCUUCUUUUAAGCUUAACGGUGUUCUUUUACCAUGAACAUCUUCUAAAUUAGAGUUUAUAUUAUAAAGCUAUCUUUCCAAGAGCAAUUCAUCAAGAAACGAUCUGUCGAAAAAUUACAUAGAUAUGUGGAUGGCAAAUUUAAAGUUCUACUAAAAAUGGUCUUUCAUUUGGCUUAUCAGCUUUAAGCUCUCUUAGAAGAAGUCACAGUAAUGUUAGUAGUGGGUUCAUAAUUUUGUAAUAAAUUUUAUUAGCCCUAUUGGCUGGCUAACAUGUUAGAUGAAUUGAGAUGACUUAUAAAGGGAACAAUUUACAGUAACCUCUUAUACGAGUCUUUCAGGAUAAGUUACUAUUAUCCUAAAUUUUUCUUUCCAUAUUUAGUGCAAAGUUCUUUUGUCACUAUUAGCAGAGAUUUCCUAUGAUAUCCAGUUACAUAUAUCGCAAAGUUAUCAAGAAGUAAUAACCCAAGAAAGAAACAAACCAAAUUCUCAAGAGCCAGGGUGUCCUGAGAUCCUUCCUUCUGUUUUUCCUAA